UUCUUGUAAGAACGAGUGCAAGCUUUGACGCACUCUAACCUUCUAUACACGUCACUCCUCUACCACCACAUAAACAUUUACUCCUUAACUCUCUAUUUCUCAUUUUCUCUCUCUUAAAAGCCGCCAUCUUUCAACGCUCUUCUUCUAUUUUUCUCUUCUUUCUUUUAUUAUUGAAUAUACUUUCUCUUGUGUGAAACCAAAUUAAUCCCAUCAAAAAUAAAAUACCAAACAAUUGAUCAUCAAUUUCGUGUAAGAAGAAAAAAAAAGGUCAUAAGAAAGAUUGAAGAAAAAACAGAGGACCAACAAAAAAAAAAAAGAAAAACAGGGGAAAUUUGGAAUUGUUGAGGAAGAUGCAUUAGAAGAAAAUGAAGAAAUUUGGGUUAUUAUUUUGAGCUUGGCGUGGAAGAAAAGAAAAGAAAAAGGAAAACUCCAUUUAAAUUUACAAGAAUUUUCUAACGAGAUAUAGAUAUAACAGGAGGAACAUGGCGAACCAGCAGCAUCCGAAAGCCAGACUAGUUAAAUGUCCGAAAUGUGCGAGGAUUCUUCCAGAACCAAAACAUGUUCCUUUGUAUACCUGUGGUGGAUGUGGUACAAUCCUUCAAGCUAAACACUAUAAAGGUAAAAAUGAAUCCCUAUCACAGGGUUCAAAUGGGCAACCCAUUGAACAGAGUAACGGUAUUAACCAUUCUUCUGAUGGUGGAGAAUCUAGUGGCUCAAGUCGAAAAUCAAGCUCUUAUAUUACUGAAGAGUCAGCUAAAAUUGAAAGGCAGGAUCUGGAUGCUGCUGAAAACAGCCGUCAGUCUGUGCAAAAUGGAGCUACAGAUUCUGCCCAUCAAACUUCUAUAUUGGCCGACGAGUCGAGUUUCCCUACGAAAAGAGAAAAUGGAGAGAUAAUAAACACCACUAUAGACAAAUCUCAGUCGAGGGAUCAUGUUUUGAGUGAAGACCCUAUUGCCCUUGUAAACACAGAAUCAGCAGAACAGACCACAGCAGCUGCAGCGAUAAAUGAUAACAAUGGUCAGUGUGAUGACACUGCUGUUGAAAAUCACAGUCGCAGUCAGCAACAGAGAAGAAAUUUGCAUGAUGAUGGAAAAACCUAUACAUCAGAUGAGAAGAAAGAAUCGGAGCAACCUCAACCUGCUUUCAUAAUUGAAGCAAUAGAAGAUAAUGAUGAUCAACAUGAUCAAGGACAGGUUGAAGAUGAGAGAAAGGCUUCUACGUCAAACACUUCUGACUAUCAAGUAGAAGGUAAUGCUUCAGAUGGUGAGAUGUCCAGAAAAGACACAGAGAGAAAACACUCUUGUGAAGAUAUCUCGAGAGAGGAGAUUAAUUCUAAUUGCCUUGAUGCUGCUGAUAAGCCAAAAGUAGCACAAUUGGCCAAGGAAGAUGGAAAUGGAGAGGACCAGAAUAAUUCUGUAGAGUGUAUGACGGAGCAACUAUCAACGGAGGCUCCAUUGUCAACUGAGAUUAUUAAGUGUGUGAGCAAAUCAGACGUGUUCGAUGAACCUUCAAGGAAAAACAUAGAGAGCGCAAACGACAGUGCUGUCUACAAGUCUGAACAGGUGCAAUGCAGUAAUACACCAGAAAUUUCGGAAGCAGUCAAUACACACAAAGAAGUUGAUGGCUUACUCAAUGCAGUUGGAAGACCUCCCUCCAAAAAUUCUCUUGUAAAUGAUGAUGGAAGUGUUUCUUCCUCUGAUAAAAAUGUUCAUCAAGUUCCAGUGCAACUAGAGGUGGCAAGAUUAGCCAAUGAAGAUGAUAAUAGGAAGGAGCAGAACAACUCUGUAGAGUGCAUGACAGAGAAGCUAUCAACUGAGACUCCAUUAUCAGCUGAGAUUACCGAAUGUGGUAGCAAAUCGAAGAUAGUCAGGGUAACUUCAGGGCAUAACAUUGAUAAAUCUAAAGACAAUGUUGUUUAUGAGUCUGAACAGCUGCAAUGCACUGAUAAACCUGAAACAUCGGUGGCGGUUGGUAUGCACAAACAAGUUGAUGGCUUGCUCAAAGAGGUUCCAAGAUCUCCAAUCAAAAACUCACUUGCUUAUGAUGGAAGUAUCUCUUCCUCUGAUGAAAAUGAUAGUCAAGUUCCUGGACAAUAUAUGCAUGUUACUGCUGAAGAAAAUCCUAAAUGGGAUAAUCUUCCAUCAGACAGAAUGACUUCUAAUUAUUUAGGGACUCGACCUCAGGCUAAAAGUUUUUCAUCGACACUGUUACCUGAGAAGCUCAAGAGCAGCAUUAUGGAGGAAGAAGAAAAUAGAAUCCCGGGCCCCGGGAGAAACAGGACAGGCAAUCUUAAUAUAAACAGCUUCAUGCAUAGGGUUCCAAACUACCGAAGAAGUGCUGAUAUGGCCUUUGAAACAGGGAGCUCUUCUAGUUAUGUACAUGACGAUCCCCCAUUUGAGCAGAUGCGUCGUCGUCCUUAUAGGUCACGGUAUCACGGUUAUGUUGACAGAUCAAGGGACCAUGGUUGGAAAGAAAAAGAGUUUCUUCCAAUGUACUAUGAUUACGAAACAUCAGGAGAAAUUUACCACGGAGCCAAGUAUCAUGGUUAUACUGACAGGAGGAGAAGAGCAGAAAGCUGGUCUAUAAGUGGUCCUCUCCCACCAAUGCCAUCAUACUCAGGAGAGGUGUUCAACGGAAGGUACCAAAAUUCUGAGCCCUAUGUACAUCGCCACCAUGAUAAUUUAAGGUGGUCUGCCCAGUUACCCCCACAUGCAUUCUGUUGUCGCCCGAAGUGGGAUCCAUAUGACUCUUACUCGACAAGUCCACAGCGAUAUGCUGAUUUAGAGCCCUAUAGUUGGGCCCAUGAUACAGUCUCUGUAUCUGAUGAUCAAAGGCAUAAAGAUGAGAUCUUGAGAAGAGUUUACUUGAGGGAGAAACGACAAGCUGUGAAAAGACAUGUCCAACCUUUGGCAGGUGGUGCUCCCUUCAUCACAUGCUAUUUCUGCCUCAACGUUCUACAACUUCCCCAACACUCUCUCCUUCCUGGAAGAAAGUUCAACAGGCUAAAGUGUGGUGCUUGCUCGAAAGUUGUCGAAGUUUCCCUUGAAAAAGAAGGUUGUUUAAGUGGAGCAUCCAAUAUCGACAGAAAUACUAUAUUGGAUUCAUCCGCUAAUGGAAAUCAUUCUCAUGGAAGCAGCUUGAUCACUGCAAAUGGUAGAGAAUUGCUUCCACAAGAUUCAUUGGGUAGAGGGCAAAGAAAGAUGGUGCCUGGAAAUUCAAGAUCGGGAGACAGAAUGAUAGGAUCACAUGAUGCAGAACCACCCGAAUCUUUAGAGGAAAAACGGGUGAAUGUAACCUGGCAACUUCCUGCUAGGAGUAAGUCACCACUCCACAGGCUGAUGGGAUACUCUACACCUCAGGACUUGUUAACUGCACAUGAAGCUGAUACAGAAUACAACAGUUCGGGCUCGGAAGUACAGAUGGAUCCUUAGAAAAGUAGCAAGGAACCUGUAGUUUUGGACGAACCUGAAACAAAUGACAUUAACAACUCGUGGUUCACAGCUGUGAGGCGUCUGAUACAUGGGCGAGACUCGAGACCAGUAAAGCAUUUUGCAUUUGUUGUGCCUUAUGGCUUAUGCUAUAUGGUUGAAGAGUUUGCCUUGUAAUAUAUUCUUUGUAUGUAUUCAUUCUUGUAUAGACAUAGACUAUACUGUACUGAUUGGUUAUAUUGAGAUUUUUGCAAAGCUGGUUCCUUCCUCUU